UUUGGUUCCACGAGCGAGCUCUUCACGCACAUACGCACUGUUCACCUCCCACUCCCUUUGCCCGCCCUCGUGCUCUCACGAGGAGCACAUCCACGUACAUUUACCUGCCUGGUGGAUGCCAGGCGUCCUCGGUUCGAAGGAGCAGCAAGAGGGCGGCUUUCGCCUCGAAGUGCGCCGGCGUCAACCCGACGCCGACCAGGCGAAGAAGGAGCAAGGUUUGAAGGAGGUCAAGGCGCUCAAGCACGGCGAGAAGACCAUGCUCGGACUGAUGUCGAGGCAAACGCUGAGGAGCGCUCAACAACUACGCGAGCUUCAAGCCGUCAUUUAUGACGUUUGGUUUCUGGUGGAGACUUGCUCCAUCGUGCUGGCAAUGCAGGAACAGACGAGCAACUACGCCGACCACGUGAAAGGAAAGAAAGACCACGACCUCGGGCCACCUCACAUCUACUCACUCGGUGGAGCUCUGAAGACCUACGCCGACGUCAGGCCAGGAACGCCAGGAUUUUCGAUACCCGAGCCGUUGCACAAGGAGCUGAACACGGCGUUCGCGGAGUACGACAAGUGGCCGAUGGAGCAGAAGUGCGACCUGGUGCUGCAUUGUCAAGUGGAGAAAGUCUUCCAACGGGGCAUGAAGAAGGUGACUGUCGCUUUUCGCGACCCGCAGUUCCGCAUCAUGAUGAACAAAGCCUACGAGUGCACGGAGGGCGCGGUGAAAAAAGUUGGCAAGGCACCUCCGACCUUCCUCGAGCGGGAGUUGCAGGGGUGGCUCGAGGGCGUGGAGAGCUAGCGGCGUCUUCUGCUUCUUCUUCCGCGGCGCCUCUCGCCUCUCUGCCGCGUUCUGGCUCUCGCAGGCCGAGGUCUGUGGGAUCCAUGAGAGCACCCGGCGGCAGUUCGGUGGAGGAUUUGGCUUGCAGUGAUAUUGUCUUCUGGGAUGGUACUUCUCAUCAUAUUCCUGCUGAUGAGCGGCGCCAUGCUGAAGAUGCUACCCGCAGCGUUUGUCGUGAGCAGGGUAAUACACCAGAUCUCCCACUUCUGACGGCUCAGGCGAACCGAGCUGUUUUCAGGACUAGACCUCUGAGUUCGGAGGUCCCUCUUCCUGCACGCGCAGUUCCAGGCGCGCCUUCUCGUUUGCGUAUUAUUACAGACUUUCUUGCAUCACGUAAUGUCAUGCCUGGCACGCCUAUAUAUAGAAGCAUGUUGUCGAGUGAGCGCACAUAUGUUCUUGCACGAGACUGGUAUAACUCUCAGUUGCACGAGGAGCUCACGGUCACAGGACCGCAGUCUCAGUGACCUUGUGUAGCAUACCGUCAGUGCCGCGGGAUUGAAUGAAUGCCUCCCACAGUCAUCUCAUGCGUCGACGACUGUGGGGACUUGCCCUGGGACCGACACGGUCCCGUAGGGCACAGGUCCCGUCACCUCGAGGCCCAGCCAUCGAGGUAGUCCGCUAGAGCAGGCUCACCGCACCAUAUCCUUAGACAGGUGAUCAGCACAUUGUCGACGGAGCUUUUGUUGUGUAGCAUGACCGUACAUAGUGCACGGCCAAAUCAGACCAGGAUGGCGCUCAUGGUGAUUCAAG